AUGUUUCUCUGGAUGCUGAUCAUCAGCUUUGCUGCAGCCCUUAAAGGUACACUUUCUCCUAUAAAGAUGGUAGCAUCUGGUCCCAAGGAAGGGAAGGUCUCCGGAUCACUUCCACUCACCUGUACUGUAAUGGGAACACCUCUGAAUAGUCCUCGGUAUGACUGGAAUUUUGUCCGUCAGGCCCCAGGAGGUGAGCUGCAAUUUCUAGGUUGGAUCUAUCCUUUUGGGAAUAACACAGGCUAUGCCCCUGCUUUCCAAGGCCGAGUCACCAUCUCUGCAGAUAAAGACAAAAACAAGGUUUCCCUGCAGCUGCAUGCCCUCAAAGCCUCAGACACAGCCACCUACUUCUGUGCUAGGCAGCACACAGGGACACCAACGGGGGGAGAGACAACUGUGGCAACAGACAAGCUUGUAUUUGGAACUGGGAUCCCUUUUUCAGCUGAGCCAAGUAAUCAAGAAGAAUCUGCCCCAGAAAUCAUUGUGCUUAAAUCAAAGGAACCCAAACAAUAUGACAGCAAACUGAAUAUGGCUUGUUUGGCAAGAACUUUCUACCCUAACGACAUCAGUCUUGACAUGCCCCAAAGUGACACUGUAUAUGAUCUGAAGGCACCUCUUGUUACAUCUGAGGGGAUAUAUAGUACCAUGAAGGUAGUUGGAGUGGAACCAGAUGGAGAGGUGACCUGCAAGGCCAUACACAAUGGGAAAAGGACUACAGCCAACAUAGUUCUGCCAGCAGAGAAGACUGAAGAAUUUGAAACAGUUAAUGCUUGCAUCAUUACAGAUGCCUCUACAAAAGCAUACAUCAAAACGGAGGAAGUGAAUAUGCUGUCCAUGACUGUUUUGGGUUUGAGAGUCCUGCUGACAAAAAGCAUCGCCUUCAAUGUAAUUAUGAGUAUAAAGCUGUCUGUCUUCCAAGGUAUUGGGUAA